AUGGAGGCCGAGCCCACGGGCAUGAAACCCCCUCGGCGGAGACGGGGCAGGGCCAGUGCAGGGCCUCGCGCCAGCCGCUCGCCCCCGGCGGCCAGCACCCCCGGUGGGGCCGCGUCGUGCAGCCGGUAUCCCCUGAGGCGAGGCAGCUCUUUCACCUUUCUGACUCCAGGCCCCCACUGGGACUUCACCCUGAAAAGGAAGCGCCGAGAGAAGGACGAUGAUGUGGUCAGUCUCUGCAGCCUUGACUUCAAGGAGCCAAGCAAUAAACGGGUUCGGCCUUUAGCACGGGUCACGUCCUUGGCGAACUUGAUCUCUCCUGUAAGAAAUGGUGCAGUUCGGCGCUUUGGGCAGACAAUACAGUCCUUCGCCCUUCGCAGCGACAGCAAAUCCCCUGGCUGUGCCCAGAAGUCAUGUAGCAGAUCCGCUGCUCCCACCCCUCCCAAAAGAAGAAACAGCGUCCUCUGGUCUGAGAUGCUAGACGUCAACAUGAAAGAAUCCCUGAGCACCAAAGAAAUCAAGCGCCAGGAGGCAAUCUAUGAAAUGUCCAGAGGAGAGCAGGACCUCAUUGAAGACCUGAAGCUUGCCAGAAAGGCUUAUCACGAUCCUAUGCUGAAACUCUCCAUCAUGUCCGAGGAGGAACUCACCCACAUAUUUGGGGACCUGGAUUCUUACAUUCCUCUGCAUGAAGACUUGUUGGCAAGUUUAGGAGAAGCAACAAAACCAGAUGGAACAGUGGAGCAGAUUGGGCCCAUUCUCGUGAAAUGGUUACCAAGACUCCAUGCCUACAAAGGUUACUGUAGCAAUCAGCUGGCAGCCAAAGCACUUCUGGAUCAGAAGAAGCAGGACCGGAGAGUGCAGGACUUCCUUCAGCGCUGCCUCGAGUCUCCUUUCAGCCGCAAGCUGGACCUUUGGAGCUUUUUGGACAUUCCUCGAAGUCGGCUGGUCAAAUACCCGCUGCUCCUGAAAGAGAUCCUGAGGCACACUCCCAAAGACCAUCCUGAUAUCCAGAUCCUGGAAGAAGCCAUAUCUAUAAUCCAAGGAGUCCUCUCUGACAUCAACUUGAAGAAGGGGGAGUCGGAGUGCCAGUACUACAUCGACAAGCUGGAGUACCUGGAUGAGAAGCAGAAGGACCCGAGAAUCGAAGGAAGCAAAGCUCUGCUGUGCCACGGGGAGCUGAAGAAUAAAAACGGGCAUAAACUCUACGUCUUCCUCUUCCAAGACAUCCUGGUUUUAACCCGGCCAGUGACUCGCAACGAGCGUCAGUCCUACCAAGUGUACCGGCAGCCGAUCCCCGUCCAGGAGCUGCUCCUCGAAGACCUGCAGGACGGCGACGUGAAAAUGGGAGGAUCCUUCCGAGGAGCUUUUGGCAAUUCGGAUAAAGCUAAAAAUAUCUUCCGAGUUCGUUUCCAAGACCCUUCCCCGGGCCAGUCCCACACGCUGCAGGCCAACGACAUCUUCCACAAGCAGCAGUGGGUCAACUGCAUCCGAACCGCCAUCGCCCCCUUCCAGCGGACUGCAGCCGCCGCGGAGCUGCCGGAGCUGCCGGAGCUCAGCGAAGAGUCGGAGGAGAACAACCCCUCCGUGCCCAACGUCAAAGCCCAGAGGAGGCAGUCCGCCGUGUCCGGCGUAACGGAGAUGGAGCUGGACGAGAGCGCGGCCGAGUGCGGCUCCGUCCUGGACUCGGAGGAAGCCAAGGGCGUGAAAACGCACCGAACGCUCGCGGGGCACAGGAAAACGAGGGAGAAGCAGCUGAGCAGCAAGCGGAAAGAAACGCUAGUGUAAAGAGGAGCCCGGUGACACCACGGCGGAAGACUGUUUAUUUAUAAAUAACGUGUACAUUUCUCUUGUCCUGUCAGCGUGAUUGGAUUUGCUCUUCUGAACAGAAGUGUCUUUUUUUUUUUAUGUUGUAAGGCAGCUACUGGUAUGCAGUUAACACUGUUGAACUGGAGUCUGUUUUUCCUAAAGCAACCACUCUGACCCUGUCCUUACGCUCGUAGGCUGGGAUUCAGAAGCCCUCGUGGUUUCGACUGCUUCCGGCAGAUUUGUUUUGUUUUUUUUUUUGAAGAGCACACCUCGGUUUCUGAAAGAUUGCCACGUGGUGAUUGAGGCUGGGAAAUGGUAAACCCUACAGCAGGCGGUGGUGCCGUCACCACGAGCCUGGUGGCGUCCCGCGGCAGCCGAACAGUUCGGAUCCGCGCUGCAGGAGCCCUUUUAAAACGGGCUCGAAAGCUCAAGUCCCAUUUUCUUUUUGUCUCAAAUAGCCCAUGUCCUGCAGUGUCUGGUUAUCAUCACCCAUGUGACUUCCCAUCCUUUUUUUAAAAAAAAAAAACAAGAGAAAAAAUCAGACCCCAGGUUCAACAGGUCCUCAAUUGACCCGCUGGAAUCUUUCAUCCCGGUGUGUUCCUUGUACAUUCCUCAUUUUCACUCAAGUAACCUGCCGCAUAUUUAAUUCUUUUUUUUUUUUUAUUAGCCGUUUUUGGUU